AUGGGCAAAGCCGUCCUUAGUAGUAUUAGUGACGUGAAAUUAACAUACGAAAAUGCAGCUUUUGUCGAGGCAACAGUCAAAGAUCACUGGAAGAUGGAGUUCUUGGGGUUCUACAAUUACUGGAAUGAGUAUCAAAAAAUGGCAACCACACAAGCGUUCAUCCUCCGUGACAGAAGAUCUAAUGAUGUAGAUCUAACUGUUGUAUCAUUCAGAGGCACAGAAAUGUUUGAUGCAGAUGCAUGGAGCACCGAUUUCGAUAUAUCUUGGUACGAACUCCCUAAUGUAGGUAAGGUUCACGGCGGUUUUAUGAAAGCAUUGGGGCUACAAAAGAAACAAGGAUGGCCAAAGGAAAUUGUUGAGACUUCAUCUCGCCCUCAAGUUGCUUAUUAUAGUAUUAGAGACAAGCUUAGAAAAAUUAUUCGAGAGAAUGAGAAAACGAAAUUUAUUGUGACCGGACACAGUUUAGGAGGGGCUUUAGCCGCUAUUUUUCCCGUGAUUCUAGCUUAUCAUGGGGAAACGGAACUGCUACAUAGGUUGGAGGGGGUGUGCACGUUUGGGAAGCCUAGGGUCGGUGAUCAGAAACUUGCAGAGUUCAUGGAAAAACAGAUGAGUUUACAUAACGUGAAGUUUUCAAGAUAUGUCUAUGGCAAUGACAUGGUUCCUAGGUUGCCUUACGAUGAUGAAACGUUCAUGUUUAAGCACUUCGGAACAUGCAUUUACUAUGACAGGUUCUACAAAGGAAAGAUCGUUAAAGAAGAACCAAAUAAAAAUUACUUCUCUCUGAAGUGGUUUAUACCAAAGAUAAUGAAUUCGGCUAUGGAAAUAGUGAGAAGCUUUACCAUUCAUCAGACGUAUGGACCGGAAUAUGACGAAGGUUGGUUCUUACUGUUGUUUAGAACAAUCGGGCUUGCACUUCCAGGAGUAUCAGCACAUUUACCUCAAGAUUAUGUUAAUUCUACUCGAGUUGGAUCUUUAGAAACGUUACUGACGGACGCCAGUAAAUCUCGGUCGCCGUACUGGUCACAGUGCCUGGAGAAGCUUUGGGAUGUUGGAGUGGUUUUUCCUGAUAUCCUUUCUUCCUCUAUACCUUGA